AUGUCGUCGGCCUCCCCCCCAAAAGAGCCAGAGGUGGAACAUGAGAACCAGUCAGGCGAUGACCCGGAAUCCAUGGACCGCGACAACCAGGACCCCAGCGGACAAGGCCAAGGCGAAUUCGAGGUCAAGGAGCAGGACCGAUGGCUCCCGAUUGCAAAUGUCGCUCGCAUCAUGAAGACCGCGCUCCCCGAAAACGCCAAAAUCGCAAAAGAGGCCAAAGAAUGCAUGCAAGAGUGUGUGAGCGAGUUUAUCUCGUUCAUCACCAGUGAGGCCUCGGAAAAGUGCCAGCAAGAGAAGCGCAAGACGGUCAAUGGUGAGGACAUUCUCUAUGCCAUGACGUCGUUGGGAUUUGAAAACUACGCUGAAGCGUUGAAGAUUUACCUGGCCAAAUACCGUGAAACACAAUCCGCCCGCGGAGAGAAUCAAAACCGGCCAUCAAGCAGUGGCUAUGGCUCUGCCAGUGCUGUAGGAGGUGGCGCCGCCGGUGCACCAGCUGCUCGGGGCGCCAACGCCCCCGCUGGAUUCCCCGGAGCCCCCGAGAAUGUCCUUUCGGCCAAUCUCGACCCUUCGGAGCAAGAAGGCCAGAAUUACGGCUAUGGCUCUAUCGUUGGCCAAGCUCACAACGGAGCUGGUGGCGAAUUCCAUUAG